GCUUUUGCAAAAGGAAGCUGCGCACCGUCCAGAAAUCUCCAGCCGGGCUUGGAAGGGGGAAGCGGCUGCUGGGGACGGAGAGCCGAGCAGGUCGAGUCGCAUUUUCCCCCUUCUCCCGGGAGAUUGUCUCUGCAGCAUUCACUUACACGGGAAGCCUCUUCUCAACCGAAGGUGCCCAGUCUGCUCCUUGGCAGCAAAAGAAUGCCUGCCCGUGGGAAGAAAAGAGGCCGGCCAGCUUUGACGGCUACCAAACAGCCCAAACUGCCGAAAACUGAGAUCCAGAAGGGAUCCAAAUUACCCAGUUCUGGGUUGAGAAAAACUGGGACGAGCUUGAAAGAAGAUGGUGGAACUGAGGAGAAAAGCAAGAAAAUUUAUACUCAUUGGCUUAUGAAGUCCGAACCGGAGAGCAGGUUUCAGAAGGGAGUUGAUGUGAAGUUUGGCAUUGAAGACUUGAAAGCUCAGCCUAACCAAACAGCUUGUUGGGACGGAGUCAGGAAUUAUCAGGCACGGAAUUUCCUGCGGGAUAUGAAAGUUGGAGAAGACGCAUUUUUCUACCACAGUAAUUGCAAGGAACCUGGGAUUGCAGGUAUCAUCAAGAUUGUUAAAGAGGCUUACCCGGAUCACACCCAAUUUGAAAAAAGUAAUCCGCAUUACGAUGCUUCCAGCACAAAAGAAGACCCCAAAUGGUCCAUGGUCGAUGUCCAGUUUGUGCGAAUGACCCACCGGUUCAUCCCUCUAGCUGAGCUCAAAGCCCAUCGUCAAGCCCAUCAGAAGUCAGGAGGCCCUCUGAAAGAGAUGGCUCUCUUCACAAGACCGAGGUUGUCCGUCCAACCCGUCACGGAUGAGGAAUUUGAGUUCAUUUUGAGCCUUGAAAAAGGGACAAGAAAGACUCCCGAGAACUGACUUGAAAACCACUUCCUUUCAAAACCACACGAAGAGCAAAGCGCACAAGGGUUUACUGUUCAGUUUGUUUUAGUUCCUUUUUGAUUGCAGUGCAACGUUUUCUAAAUAAAUGUGGAGUUUUUUGUGAUUGUUUUUUUAAAAAAAUUCAAGGGAGGGAAAACAAUGUUCUUCAAGCCUCGAAUUAGCUUGCACUUAAAGAGACCGAUUUAAUAAUUAGCUCGUUCGUAUUUGCUAAAAUCAAAAGUCCGUAAUUAUCUGUCUUCUACCACAAGUUUUCCAAUGAAACUCCAUGAGGUUAUGUGCAAAAAAUUCCCAAAUAUGCAUUAAAAUAGAAAGUGCCAAUGUUGCACAACACCUCUGUACAGAUACACACAACUGUGCAAAAAUACAAACCAAUUCUAAGGCGGAAUAAACACCAUUACAAAAUGAUGUAGAAACAGAAACACAAGUCUGGAAAACCAGCGAAUCAAACAAGGAUAGAUUUGUGGCUCUUGUGUGAUUCUAUUUGCACAUUGUCUUUAAAUUGCAAAAGCUGUCUAUUGCUUUAACAAGGCCAGACAGCUGUCAAUUGUCAUGGUAAGCGCUGAGGAAUCGUCUGAGCUUAAGCAGAGUGCCUCUCUUCCUUCCAAUAAAAGUCUGCACUCAAGGGGCCAAUUUGGUCUAGUCGUUAAGGCACUAGGCUAGAAACCGGAAGACGGUGAGUUCUAGUCCUGCCUUAGCCAUGAAAGCCGGCUGGGUGACUUUUGAGCCAAUCACUAGGAGAUGGUGAGUUAUAGGUGAGGAAAAUAGGAGGAGGGAAGUGUGGUGGAUCUCUUCACUGCCUUGAGUUAUUUUUAAAAAAUAAUAAAGGCACGAUAACAAACAAAUAAAUUGCUUCGAGACAGAGAUGUCUUGAAUUUCUCUCCACAGGCACGUUUGAAAGACCACUUUAGUUAGCACAAUUGGGGGAAAAAAAAUCACACCAGCUCCUAACUUUUCAAAGAUGCGAGAACUGCCCCCCCCUUACUUUUUAAUUGGAGUCAAAAGCAAACUUCCCAUCCUUUUUAAAAAUGCAAACAUUUAAAAGACAGUGGGUUAAGAAACAUGUAAACAAGGUACAAGCUUAAAAUUUUGCGCGGCUUCCCUAUAGAAUCCCCUUCUGGGAUUCCUCCCCAAAUAUAUAUAUAUAUAUAUAUAUAUAUAUAUAUAUUUCCAUCAUCGUUAUGGAAUCCCAUCAUUUCUUAUCUACAGUUUUUUUUUUAAUUUCCCUACUGUCCCAACCUGGAGACUUUGAGCAAAGCUGGCUGGGGCAUUGUGGGAGUUGAAGUCCACCAGGCUUAAAGUUACCAAGGUUGGAGACCCCUGACUUAGUAGAAACGGAGACUGAAAAUAACCAGAAGUGGAGGGAUAGAACAGUGUUCUGCCUGCUAAACGUGCUGCAUUUUCAGAUUUCCACCUGUUUUCCCGCUACUAGGAGUUGUGGCCCAACACAUCUGCAGGAUACAACCUUGGGAGUUCUCCAAUUCCACCCUGGCUGUAUCGUUACAUCACCCAACAGGAUAUUUUUCGUAAUUAGAAAACUCAUCAAUUCCAAUUUGGUUUCGUGGGCUUGUCUGGAAGGGUGGAUUGGAAAGACGCUUCAUAACUAUUGCUUGACAUAGUGUAAGCCGCCUUAAGUCUUCGGAGAAGGGCGGGAUAUAAAUGCAAAUAAAAAAAAAUAACGUCCCUAACGAUUCCUGGAUCUUAUCCGUGGAAAUAUAGCACACCUUGAAGCAAACAUGAUUAGACGCAACAAGGAAGAUGCUAAAAACCUGGAUUUCUCGCUCUGUCCUGGUUUCUUUCUUUCUUUCACCUUUGACUUUUUCUGCAAAAUAACUGAAUGUGUCUACACCUCCAUUUCUCCAAUCUGGUAGCUGAAUUUCACAAUCAAAAGCUUCCCAGCUUUCUCUCCUACGGCUGGAGAAAUCAAGGAAGAGCAGGUUUAAUUCUUUCAGCAGCUUCAAAAUAAUAUUUAUCUCAGAGCCAGACCGUCACAGAGAAUACAAGUACACGGCACGAACGGGUCUUGCAAAAGUCCAGUAUAGAUUUAUCGCGCCCUCCUUCAAGGUUGUCCUCUGCCGUUUUGGAAAACUUUUUUUUAAAAUUACAUUUACAAUUACAUUGCAGU